AUGCACUCCUGGUUUGACCUGAUGGGGCUGAAUCCAGACACGCCAGAGGAUGAGGCUGGCAUCAAGAAAGCAGCAGAGAACAUCAAGGCCUUGAUUGAGCAUGAGAUGAAGAAUGGGACCCCUGCCAACCAGAUCGUCCUGGGAGGCUUUUCACAGGGUGGAGCUAUGUCCCUCUACACAGCCCUCAGCUGCCCCCACCCUCUGGCUAGCACUGUGGCAUUGAGCUGUUGGCUACCUCUGCAUCAGGCCUUCCCCCAGGCAGCCAAUGGCAGUGCCAAGGACCUGACCAUCCUUCAGUGCCAUGGGGAGCUGGACCCCAUGGUUCCUGAACGGUUUGGGGCCCUGACAGCUGAGCAGCUCUGGUCCGUUGUCACACCUGCCAGGGUCCAGUUCAAGAUGUACCCAGGUGUCAUGCACAGCUCCUGUCCUCAGGAGAUGGCAGCCGUGAAGGAGUUUCUCGAGAAGCUGCUGCCUCCUGUCUAA